AUGUCACACCCAAGGGUAGAAGAAGUGUCGGACAGCGACGACAACAACUCGGACCCCUCAGAGGCCGACAUUGACGAGUUCGACGACGCCGACAUCAUCCAGCGCAUCAACCCGCAGCAACAAAGACCCGCCACCCAGACCCUCCCGAGCAGACCAGCAGCAGCACCGCAUCACCUCGCCCAACAACAACAACAACAACAACAACAACAACAACAUGUCAGCGACGCCUCGCAGUUCGCCGACUUUCAGUGCCUGUACCCGGUUUACUUUGACGCGACGCGGACGCGCGCCGAGGGCCGGCGCGUGAAGCGGUCCGAGGCGGUGCGGAACCCGCUGGCGCGCGAGAUCGCCCAGGCCUGCGGCAACCUGCAGCUACAGGCGCUGUUCGAGCCGACCAAGACGCACCCGCGCGACUGGGCCAACCCGGGCCGCGUCAAGGUCAAGGUCAAGGGGUCGGGGAACCCGCACGUCAAGAACAAGCACCAUCUGUAUCUGCUGGUCGCCAAGCACCUGCGCGAGAACCCGGCCACCGAGAACUGCCGCGCCCUCAGGUCCGUCGCCGUCCCCGGCUUGCAGAUGCCCGAGGCCGGCAAGCCGUGGCCCAAGCCUGCCGUGCCCAGGGGCUGGAAGCUCGGCGAGCUGGUGCCGCACUACAGUCCCGCCGUCACCGGUGGUGGCGUCACCGAGAACUUUUUGCAGGACAUGAUGAAGGAUAUGCAGGGCCUGGGUGGGCCGGGAGGCGCCGGCGACAUGGCGAGCAUGUUGGCUGCUGCGGCGGGUCAGGGAGCCGGUUCAAGUGGGAGUGGUCCUAGCGAGGAGAAGAAGGCAAAGAAAAAGGGAAAGAAGUGA